CCCGCUCGAGGAGCGCCUUCGUUGCUCUUGCCGACCUCCGCCUCUCCGCGCCUCUCCGACCCCCGCGUCAUGUGCGCCGCUCUGCUCGCCGCGGCCGCCUCGGGCUCCGUGUACGCCUUCUCCGCGCGCCCGCUGGCCGGCGGGGAGCUCAUGAGCCUGGCCUCGCUGCAGGGCAAGGUGCUGCUCAUCGAGAACGUGGCGUCGCUCUGAGGCACCACGGUCCGGGACUACACCCAGAUGAACGACCUGCAGCGGCGCCUCGGCCCCCGGGGCCUGGUCGUGCUAGGUUUCCCGUGCAACCAGUUUGGGCAUCAGGAGAACAGCAAGAACGAAGAGAUUCUGAAUUCCCUCAAGCACGUCCGACCUGGCGGCGGGUUCGAGCCCAACUUCUGCCUGUUUGAGAAGUGCGAGGUGAACGGCGCCAAUGCACACCCGCUCUUUGCCUUCCUCCGGGAGGCCUUGCCGGCGCCCAGCGACGAUGCCACCUCCCUCAUGACCGACCCCAAGCUUAUCACCUGGUCGCCCGUGUGCCGCAACGACAUCUCUUGGAACUUCGAGAAGUUCCUGGUGGGCCGCGAUGGUGUGCCUGUGCGCAGGUACAGCCGCCGCUUCCCCACCAUCGACAUCGAGCCCGACAUCCAGGUCCUGCUCUCCAAGGGGCCCGGCCAUGCCUAGGGCGCACCGCCUUCCCCCAGGCUGCCUGGCGGUCACUACGCUGCCUGCCUUGCGUGGGGACUUCAUCAAUGAGGGUGUUUCUUCUAAACCCGAAUGGAGGAACACCCGAUGUCCGGGAAAGCCCCCGCAGGCCGGCACUAGCCCUGCCUGCCCCAGCCUCCCCUCCCAGACCAAAUAAAAUU